CCGCACCGCUCGCCAGCCUCCUCCCUCUCGUCCGCCUCCGCAUUAACUCUUCGCCCACCGCUUCCCAACAAACCCGCCGCCCGCCCUUGACCGCGGCAGCCAUGGCGCUCGCAGCGGCACCACGCCCGCGGUCGGCGCCGGCCGUGCUGGUCGCGGCGGUGCUGCUCUCGCUUUCGCUGUCGAUGACGCCCGCGACGGCGCAGCACGUGGCGGUGCCUCCUUCGGCUCCCCCGAAGGCGGCGGCGGCGGCGCCUGGGCCGGCCGCGGGAUUGAGCGCGGCGUGCCUCAACUCGCUGGUCAACAUGUCGGACUGCCUGCCGUACGUGCAGGCCGGGAGCAAGGCGCGGGCGCCGGACAAGCCGUGCUGCCCGGAGCUGGCCGGCAUGGUGGGCUCCAACCCCAUCUGCCUCUGCGAGCUCCUCUCCGGGGCCGCCGACUCCCUGGGCAUCGCCGUCGACUACGCCCGCGCGCUCGCGCUCCCCGGCGUCUGCCGCGUCGCCACCCCGCCCAUCACCACCUGCGCAGCAAUGGGCUACAAUGUUCGUCUGGGCCCAUCUCCGGCGCCCGCGCCGGGAUCUCCCUCGCCCAUGUCGCCCAGCGGCAGCCCACAGUACCCUGCUGGUCCUUCGCCGUUCGCCUCGCCGCCGGAGUCGCCCAAGCCCAGCCACGCGGCGCGCCGCAUCCACGCCGCCGGCGUCCUCGCCGCCCUCGCCGCCUCCUUCGCCGUCGGGAUGGCGCUCUUCUAGGAGGGCAAGGCCAGCGAGCGAGACUGUUAACCGUUCGAUAAAAAUCUGUCGCGUGAAUGUCAUGGACAUGCGUUCUCCGUCUCUAGUCUGUGCGUUAGUACUCCAGUAUGAUGAUUCUAGGUAGAUAAUACAGUACCAGUUAUUUCCCGCCAAUAUGUUACUGUGUGUGCUAAUCAAUUGAUCUGUCGCUCACUGAUAAACUCGUUCGUGACGUGAA